ACAAUCCCUCCCCUUCCCAUUCCCUCCCUCUGACAGCCCCAGCCCCUUCUGUGCUGGGUUCUUUUCCUUCCCAGAACUGCACGGCUGCCUAUUAGCACUCCAGGGCCGUGUGCUAAGUGCAGCCAGGCUGCUGCCCUUGCUCCCCACCGAGGCCUUCUCAACCCAGCGUGCUGGCUGGGACAAAAGGCGUAAUUAACUCUGCUCUGACUGUCAGCGCCCGGUCAACAAGCGCCUGCGAUAACAGGCCUCGGAGCUGGGCCCUGGCACAGGACCACCUGCCCAAGGCAGGGCGGGGCGGGGGGGCUUUCUGCAGUCCCGCGAAGGGGAGACAAACUCCUGCUGAGGAAAAGCCAGACGGAGCGGAGCCUGUUCAACUCCGCUGGGCUGAGGGAGGCCGAGGCCUCUGAACAAUAAACCCAUUGUGUCCCCCCCUCCCCCCGACUGGAGGGCAGGACUUACCUACAGCAUCAGCGGCUGGGGAUGGCAGGUGAACAGGCCUUCUGGGCUGCAUGCUUCAGGUGGCAUUGCUGGGGGAGUCCCUUACAGACUGCCAGACAAACGCCAGCCCGGCCCGAGCCUGGGCCGGGAGGGGAACUGGCCCCUGAGGGGUCUUGGCAUGUCUGGGUCUGCGCCGUGCCUGUUAUAUGAGGGAAAGGCGAAGGUCUCCCGACUGUUGUCAGGGAGACUGAGGCAAGGCCUGGGCUUGUGCUGAUUGGCUCAGAGCAUGGAAAGCGCUUCAUUCUCACGACCGCUCCGCAUCGGGCCCCGUGCUUCUUUGGAUAAUCUGGGCCCAGGCAUCCAGAGCGCCGUGUAACCAGAAUAAACCCUCACAAGCCCCUGCACUAGGUCCUUUUACAGAUGGGGAAAUCGCCCUUUUACAGAUGGGGAAAUUGAGGCAUGGAAGGAAAGAGGCCACUGAUUUUGGGUGCCUCGGGGUUUCACCAAGCAGCUUCCGCCCAUCCAAAAAUCAAGACAAUCAGCAUGAGGAGCUACUGCCGAAAAGGUUGAUCUGCUCCGGGUCACCCCACAAGCCUGUGUUAAAGGCCCCCUGGGGAUCCUGGCCCCUGUGCUUAGGCCACAGGUGUGUUUUCAUGUGUCCUCUGACAGCCGUAGAAUUGAGCUUGGUUUGGAUGCUAGUUCCCAGAGUUUGGAGGAGGACAGUGCUGGAUAAAGGCUCCCCACUUUGGUCCCAAGCAGGGCCCGCGGAGCCCUCCCUCCCGGAGCCUCAGCAGUUGGCAGCUGCUCUGAAGGCCGAAGCAGAUGGAACCCAGGAAACCUGGAGCAUAUCGAGUCUGUCCCUUAGAGGUGGCACAUGCCCCCUCUUCCCUGCUGUGGGCACUGACAGACUGGCAACCUCUUGCAGCCUGGGAAGCGAGGAAUGGGAGAGAUGGAGAGGGAGCAUCUGACCCGCAGCCCAGCCUAGGAACCCAAAGGGAUGUGGAAACAGAGAAUCACUGGACUCUGUGCAUGACCCAGCCCUUCCCGCAGGCGACGGAAUGGAAAGGUUACAGAAGCAGCGGAGAAAGAAACUCACAGAGGUCUCUCCCUCCUUUCCAGCAAUCUUUGACGUCCCCUGGGAGUGUCUGUUCCUCCCGCGGGUCCAGUGUCCCAGGAUCACCCUCCAGUAUUGUGGCCAGAAUGGACAAUGAGGUUCUGGGCUACAAGGACCUGGCGGCCAUUCCCAAGGACAAGGCGAUCCUGGACAUCGAGCGCCCUGACUUAAUGAUCUAUGAGCCCCAUUUCACCUACUCCCUCAUGGAGCACGUGGAGCUGCCGAGGAGCCGAGAGCGGUCCCUGUCCCCCAAAUCCAUCUCUCCUCCUCCUUCUCCAGAAGUCAUCCGGGACUGGAUGGAAAACAAGUCCCUAGGAAGUGCCUCCCAGGCACCUAGUCGCCGGACCAGCAGCACAGCCCGGAGUGGAGUGCACCACUUCCACCGACCUGAGACCAACACCAUGGAGCUGAACAUAUACAAGAAGCCGCCGAUCUACAAGCAGAGAGAGCCCUCGACGGGAGUCCCACAGAGCAAGCACAUGAUAGAAGACCAGAUAAUUGAGUGCUCCAAGUUCCCUGCAGCCCAGGCCCCGGAUCCCAACCAGCCAGCCAAGAUCGAGACGGAUUAUUGGCCCUGCCCUCCCUCCCUGGCCGUCGUAGAGAAGGAGUGGAGACAGCGGAAGGCCUCCAAGAAAGGCAUGGAAGAAGAGGAGGAUCUCACGGAGGAAAUGACUAACCUGCGUGAACUGCAGAAAGAGGAGCUGAGUAAGGUCACCUCAAACCUCGGGAAGCUGAUCCUGAAGGAAGAGAUGGAGAAAUCUCUCCCCAUCCGGAGGAAAACCCGCUCGCUCCCAGACCGAACGCCCUUCCACACCUCUCUGCACCUGGGGAAUUCCAGAUCCUCCACCCUUCCGGCCUAUGGGAGAAGUACCCUCAGCAGGCUGCAGUCAGCGGAGUUCAGCCCAACCAGCAGUGAGAAGGGGAGCCCAGGUCUGCAGAACGGCCAGCGGGGGAGGAUGGACAGAGGGAACUCCCUGCCCAGCAUGCUUGAACAGAAGAUUUACCCCUAUGAGGUGCUGAUGGUGACGAACAGGGGUCGUGUGAAACUGCCUCCAGGAGUGGACAGAACAAGGCUAGAGAGGCACCUGUCCCCAGAGGAUUUCCUGCGUGUCUUCGAGAUGUCCCUGGAGGAGUUCAGCAAGCUGGCCCUGUGGAAGCGGAAUGAGCUGAAGAAGAAAGCUUUCCUGUUCUGAGCCUAGUGCCCAGCCUAAGCCAACCCUAGCCGUGAUCUCAGUUAGUGUUAAACACAAUCUCGCAUCACAGCUGCUUUAGGGCUACUGAGCCAGUUUUAACACCUGCCUCCCCUCCCCGAAGCCCCUCAGGCACGUUGAUCCCUCAUUCCCAGUUUUGCCUCUCCCUGGGGGAUAUCGGAGAGCCCCUCCCUGCCCAGACCUUCCCCCUCACAUGCCCAGGGGGGCUGCUGGCAACACUGGUGGGCUACUCAGUCUGGGUCUAACCUCUUUUAAUGGAGCCAGGGGAGGGAGAGUUGAACAAGUGGCGGGAGGAGCAAGCAAACCCUAGUCAGCCAAGGUCCCUGGGCUGGAUGGUGUGUAGGGGCUUCUCGGGGGCAGGGCAUCGGUGUCCCUCUUUGCCUGUUGGGGUCGCGGCUGGUUCAGGCAGGAUGGGAGCCAUAGCUACUGGAGGGGGCUCUGGCAGGGGCCCUGGCUUUGCUCCCCCGGCUCAGCUUGGGGAGUGGACAGGACAGGGACACACCGUAGUGCUCGGUUGCUGGAUGCACGUUGGUUUAGGUGUAAGGGAAGUCAGGGCUACUUCUACCUUGCUGCUGGGCCCUGACUGGCUCCCUUGCUUCAGGACCCUGCUCCCAGCCUUACUGCUCCUCUCGGGGCCAGCCUCCCUCCCUGUCCACACUGGGCAGGGCACAUGUAUACAUCUGCAUAGCUGUAACCCUGAUGGGGCUGCCGGGUGUCGCCAUGGCUGUGUUUCUGAGUGGCCGGUCAGCAAUGGGGUUGUCAUUUGCCUACAGUAGGCUCCAAAGAGCCACGAUUUUCAUUAGCAGCCACUCCCCAUGGACCCACCCACAGUUGGGGCCCCGUCCUUGUAAUCAAGCAACCCUCGGUGGAACUGGGAGGGGGCACAAGAAUUUCUCGCUGGAGAGAACUGGAGAAUCAGAACCAACCCUUCUGAGGUCACUUCUGUCUCGCUCUCGCUCGCUCCCGGCCGCCCCUUCCUCUCCCCACUCCCACCACCCCUCCCUCUAAAUUCAAUCCCUAGGUGGACGUGACCGAGCACCUCCCAAGUUCUCAACCCAAUGGCCCAGGCUCUCAAACCGCAGGGCUCCCCAUUAAGGCUACAGCUCCCACACCCCACCCCUUGCAGCUGCCUUUGGGGGAGGGUUGCUCUCAGCUCCAUCAUUUCAGGCCUUAGUAGUUGAUGAUUUUGCUCCUGCCCCUUUGCAGAGCCUCAGUCGAAGCCCCGUGGCCGCCCUGCCAAGCCCAAGGCCCUUCCCCAGGUUUGGCAGAGGAGUUUGCCUGGGCAAUGAGAGACUCAGGGCUCGAGGCUGGAGCCUGGAGGCAGCUCAUCAUGUUCUCUCCAGCCUGGCAUGUAAUCUCUGGCAGCCAUCCCACUCUGUCCCCCUCAGGCUUCCCAGCUAGGAUUUCCCCCUCUCCGUGUACCCCAUGGGGCAGCAAUAACCCUCUGCUGUGGAAACCACACCGUUGGUAUACUGCCACAAUCUGCAGGCUGUCCCCUGCUGACACACCAGGUGAUGUCCGACUCUGGCUUCCCCGCCGCAGUGCAUAACCAACCAGGGCUCAGACAAGCCAGCUCUCUCUAUGCCCAAGGAUGGAAUUUCCUCAGGUAGUGACAAUAUUUUAGAGCUUGUGCGGGUGAGGGGAUGCCUGUGUCGAUGCUCGGUGAAGGAGCAGAGAGGAUGCCAAGGCAGGAGACUCUGGGCAGCUGCAUCAGUAGCUAGGAAGCCAGGCCCUGCGCAGUGACCAGCAGAGACUGAUGUGGUGCCGAUCCCUUGUGGACCCCGGCCUCAUCGCCAGGCCCUGGAGUUUGGAAAUAAUCACCCAAGAUUGCUCUGCAGCCUGCACACAACACGCCACGCUCCCCCCCCCCCCCCGGCCCCCAAACCCCAUACCCCGCACGCUUCAGAGCUGCCUGCAAGGAGCAGUGUGUCCUGGAAAGGGCAGGAAACUUACCAGUAUCCUGGGGGGUUGUUCCACGCUAUGCUUCUUGUUUGCCAGAGGGCGAGCACAGCUUCCAGCCCAGCUGCAGUCCCCAUCUCAGAGCCACCUCUGAGAUCUCUCAACCAAGCAAAGAGUAAAAAGCUGAGAGACUCCCCCUUCCAGACAGUGCAUUGACCAAAGGGGAUCCAAUAAGCCUAUGUUUGGGUCAACUGGCCUGUCUCAGGCAGAGCCUUACCCAACAGGCCAGGAGCAUUACAGAGGGGUGAGCCACGCUUUUCUCUGAAAGGUCAGGUGUUGGCAGGAUAUUGGCCUGGCAGCCCGCUCCUGCACAUUGAAGACUGUGGGAGCUCCCUAUGUAGGGCACAUGCAGGACAGUCCAGUGGUCUGAUCUCCCAUCCGGUCUGGGCUACAGCACCUUACAUGCCUCCAGGAACAAACCCAAGGAGCUAACAAUUUCCUUUGCUUUGGGGUCUUUUUAAAAGUCAAAAUAACCAGCGGUCAAAUAGGGGAACUGGCCCCUCAGAGCCAAACGAUUUCCUGGGCUGCUGCUCCUUUCAGUCCUCCUGCUGGGUCCUUUUUCUACUGUGCACCACAUCUGCUCCCCAGCGCUGGCCUGAGACCCACUCCCUCACGCUUUCCCUUUCCGUUUCCAACCACUGCCCCACCACUACACUCUGUCGGGAUGUAAAGAAUGUAAUUUAUUGGGAAACCCCUGGCCCAUACUUGCCUUUCACUGCUACUUAUACAACAUAUCUAUAAAUAUAUAUAUAUAAAUAUGGAUUUUUUUUCUGAUUUGAAUACAGUGAUUCCCCUUUCUCUGUUUAUUUUUUGCUGGUGUCGGAGAUUCCAUGUGAGAGUGAUUUUUUGCUUAUAAUUAAAGGUGAAAUGGCUUUAUUCAA